UAGAAGCGUUUUCUUUUUACAAAGAACCGUGCGGCACGGCGCUUUGCGAUGAAUACCUUGACUGAGAGCGCGGCUUCAGCCCCGUCUCCUGCUGGUAACGCGGAACAGCCAGGUACCAAAGUCAUGAAGCUGCGGGUGGACACCAAGUCUGUGAACGUGCCGAACGUCCUGGACCCGGACGACUCCUUGAUGAAAAAAUUCCAAAGUGCUCUGCGAGAGCACCUUACUCGCGUCGACGACAAGUUGAACAGCGAGAUAUUAGAGCUCGAGGAUAAUAUAAGAGCGACGGAGAAGGAACGCGAAGCGCAAGGUCUACAAAUGUACUACGCUCAACAGGAAAUAGCACAGCAGCAGGCGACAAUUGAGAAGUAUCAAGAUACGAUAGCGAAUGUGAUUUCGUUGCGCGAGGAGAAAGAUACGUAUGUGAGGAAUGCGAAAGAUGCCCGUAGAGCUACCCAUGCCAAAUUGUUCGACGAGAAGAAGAAAGAGGAGAAUCUCGUGCGCGAAUUGGAGCAGCUCGCUGCCCUGCAAGCGCAGGUCUCCGAGUGGCGGACAGAGCUCGAAAACAGUUUGGCCAUUUCCAAACAGGUGUCGAAGAAAGACAAGGCAAUCCAGCGAGAUCUGAUUGCUCAGAAGCAGCAGAAGGACUGCAUAAUAUACAAGCUCAUGGAGGAAGUGUGGAGAAUUAAAACCGAGAUAGCCAAUUUGGACGUGCAGCUGCAGUUGAAGAAUAAAGAAAAAAUUGAGAUAAACCAGAUGAUCGCCGACGUUAAUGCCGAUCUAGAAGCGUUGCACAAGCAGCACGUCAACUUGUGCAACGCCUGGAAUUCCGUUGUGCUGAAUAUCACUAAGCGAAAUAAAGUCUACGAGCAGCUAAAUACAGAGCGUGAGAAAAUAUGUGAAUCUUUUAACACGUUACAUACGGAAAUAGAGAAGUUGAAGAAAGAAACUUAUAAGGAGACUGAGAACAAUGAGAACUUGACUUCAUUGCAUACACGAAUAGAAGACAAUAUACAGAUUAAUAUAAAAUUGGUGGAGAUGGGAAAUUAUAAGCUCAAUAAUUUGGAAUCUGAAUUAGUAAAAAUAGCGAAAUUUAGUGAACGGGAGCAACGUGAAUUUGAUUUGACUCAUAAUGAGUGGCAAUAUUUGUUACACGAAGAAGAAGAAAUUGAUAAAGAAUUUGCGAAAUUUUUGAAUAAGCAGAACGAGUUGGAAAAUACAAUAUACAGCAAACUAGAAGAAAAAGUUGCGCAUAACAAAGCGGCGCGGUAUUUGAAUAAAUUGUUAUUAGAUUCUAAAGAGACCAUACAAGAACAAGAAUUGCUAUUAGUGGAAACAGAAAACUCGUAUGGCAAAAAGUUAUUGGAAUUGGAACAACUUAAUUCAUGUAAAUCUCAAGAGAAGAUGGAAUUAGAGGAGAUUUUGCAAAGUAAUGAUAAGAAGGGAAAAGAGAUAGAUGAAAUUCAGAGAGAAAUCAAGAAGCACGACAUGACAAUUGAGAGGAAACAAAUAAAAGUUAUCAGCUUGAAUAAAACGAUUGAGGAGAUAUUAUCGCAUAGAGAAAAUGGAGAAAUUAAUCCUCUUGACACAAAGAUAAAGACUUUAGAAAAAAAUAUAGAAGAAAUUCAGCAAAGUGAUCAGAAAGCACAGCAAUUGUGGAUUCGCCAAGAAGGAUAUAUGAUUACAUUGAGCCAACAGAGAGAUUUACAAUUGCAAGAACUUAAUCUUCUUAAUAAAGAAAUUAUGAUUAUGGAGCAAAAAAAUUUGAAACUAGAGCAUGCCUUGGAAACGCUGAAUAAAGAGGAAUCCAAUAUGGAGAGAAUAUUAAAUCUCCUGCAACAAAGAAUGGUACAGAUGAAUACACAGUUAGUCAUACAAAAAGGACUGAAGGAAGAGCUGGAAGACAAAAAUUCUAUUACAAAAACCGAAGGGAUACAAUCUCUCGAGGAUGCAGAAUUAAAUUUAAUAAAGCUACAAAGUGAUUUAAAACAAUUAUACGAGGAAAAGGCACUUUUGAAGGACAAUCUAGAUGCAGUGCAACAAGAAAGUUUAUCAUGGGAGAAAAAAAUGCAAUUAAUGCAAGAAACUAUAAAGAGAUUGAGAGAUGAACGUAGUAGCGGUGGAGAUAUUACAGCGAUGAAAAGCGAAAUUCAUAAAAUGGAAGUGCGCUUGUCACAUUUGCGUAGGGCGCAAGAAAAAUUAAUUCAUGACAUGGAGUUUUGUGUUGCGCGAAGAGAUAUUAUAUUAGACAAAGUUAUGAGCAAAUUUAAGAAAGAUCCCAAAGGACAACACAAUCAGAAAGUUAUAUUCUGUAAACGUCUUGCCGACCAAAAGUUAAAGAUAAAGCAAGUUGUUAAGGACACAAAGAAAAUUGAAAGUAGAAUAGUGGAGUUAGAGAAUCAAAUAAAGGAAAUAGCAGGCAAAUGUAACGAAUCGCAGACAGCACUGAAAACGGUAGCAGAUGACAUUCCAAAUGUGGAUCAAGAGAUAAUGCAAAUAGAAACUAUUAAGUACCACAAUUUGCAGGCAUUAGUUUUUAAACAGCGGAAAGCUAAAAUGCUGCAAGACAUUAAAAGCGGCCGAUACAAAAUGCUCUUCAAGAGUGAAGCUGUACUAAGCGAAGAAUUCCAAAAUGAGCAGAUACUUCGAGAUUAUUUGAAACAUGUAAUGGAACGGACAAGUCAAGACUUUCCUUUAUUAAAAAACAAUAUUCAAAAGAUACUUUUGACAUUAGAAAUAUUAUAAAAUCCCAAAAAUUAU